AUGCUGGCGGAGCUGCUGGAGGCGUCCAGGGCGGAGGAGGCCGAGGAGGGCGGGCUCGACCGCCACGGCUCGAGCUUCUCGGACACGAAGAAGCGGGGCCUCGAGCGCCUGGCGUCGAAGGGCCUGGGGGCCGUGCACGCGUUGGCCAGGCGCGGCUCGUAUGCGCGGCGGGGGACCAUGGCUGGGACCAUGGCCGCCGACGCCGGGGGCAGCGACAAGAUCAGGGUCACGUACGAGAAGGCCUGGGGGCCGAGCGUGGCCAUCAACUUCGGCGACAGGGUGAUCCUGCGGGUCGCCCAGGAGGCGGCCCUCGGCGAGCCCGUCGGGCUGGGCGCCCCGCUGCAGUGCGGCAAGGCGGGCGUGGAGCCGCCGCGCGCGCUGGUGGCCGCGUGGAGCACGGACCCCGCCGUGAUGACCGUCGAGCGGGCCGACACCGGCUGCCACGAUGACCCGCCGCUGUACACCUGGGCGGCGGAGGAGAUCCAGCGCCGAACGCAGGCCAACGCGGUGCGCGCCUCGCUCUCGGAGAAGUGCCGCGCGGCGAUGACCGUGGCGUUCAACUGCCGGUCGGUGGGCGGCGGCUGGGUGUUGGAUGGGGAGCUGCACCUCAGGAUGAUACGGCUCCUCGCCAGCUUGGUGCUCGGCUACCGGGAGGCGGAGGUGCGCUUCGACAGCCUGGAAGAGCUCUUGGAGGAGCUCCGCCUCGGCCCCGCGGAGGCGACCCGGCCCCUCGUGGUGCAGGCCGUGGACAGCGCCGCCGGCGGAGCGGCCCACGCGGGCGUGCACCCGGGCGACGAGGUGGUCGAGCUGGAGGUGGACCGCGACGGCAGCAAGGACUGCGUCAUUCGCUCCGCGAAGGAGAUGCGCCGCGCCCUCGGCACGACGCCCGGCGGCGGGGCCGCGGCGGUGGCGCAGCAGCCGCUGGCGCUCCUCUUCCGCUCGCCAGCGCCAGUGCCGGUGGACAGCGGCAUCCUGAAGGUGCUCGUGGGGCAGGCGGGCAUCGUCGCGCAGAUCAUGCCCUCGUGGGAGGAGAUCCUGGGCCCCAUGCCGGAGCUCUCCCGCGGGCAGGCGUCGGGGAACUGGGCCGCCGCCUCCGCGCGGCUGCUCCGGCACAACGAGUUCUUCCGCCUGAAGUGCUCGCUGGUCACGUCGCUGCUGCAGCACGGCUGGGAGAUCAAGUACGACGCCUUCGCCGAGUCGGCCAUGACGCUCCACCAGCACUUCCAGGUGCUGACGCGCGAGGACUUCCGGGCGCGCUUCCCGGGCAAGGACGACGCGUCGCGCCAGUUGUGCCAGCAGCUGCUGGUGGCGCAGCUGGACGUGCUGACCGCCUCGUGGGCGGCCGUCCCCAAGGCCGUCAAGGAGCACCAGCCGGCCAAGCUGCGCAAGCUGUUCCGCCACAACGUCGAGCUGGUCGCCAUGCACGACGCCGUCGAGAUCGUGUAUCGUACCUGGCGCAAGCAGACGCAGGCCAGCGACGUCCUCGUCGAGAUGCCCGGCGAGCUGCAGCGGUUCCUCGAGCGGGUGAGCCCCACGCACUCCGUGGACGCGGGCUCCACGACGUGGAUCCGGCAGGCGUGGUGGGGCGCGGAGCACAAGGAUGAGUACAGCGUCGUCCAGAAGGUCUUGGAGCAUUUCUCCACGAUCUACGCGGACACCGAGCAGUACUGGAUGACCAAGCUGGAGGGGGCCGCGAAGAACAUGGAGGCCACGCAGGAGCAGCUCGAGAAGGCGCUGGACUCCGCAGACAUGCGGGUGGCGCUCGUGCCGGCGGACAAGAUGGCCAAGGAGCUGAAGCGCAUCCAGGGCAUCUUGUCCGCCGACAAACUUGUGCUGAAGAAGGACUUGAAGGUCGGCGACUCCGACACCGUGCUGCAGGGCAUGCGCCUCCUGCGCAGGGGGCAGGUCAGCGAGCACUUCGGGGCCGACGUGGGCAACUCCGAGGUGCACCGCCGCCUCGCGGAGCUGGCGCCUGGCGACGGCACCGACCUGCGCCUGCUCUUCGGCGGGGGCGACUACGACAAGGCCCGGGCGCAGGCCAUCGAGGCCAUCGAGGACCUGGGCUCGACGAUCCGAGUGGUGAAGACUGCGGCGGCCGCCUUCCCGAGCACCGUGGCCGUGCAGUGCCACGAGCUGCUGGACAUGCACCACAAGGGCGAGAUGCGGGCUGUGCUCCAGGAGAACAAGCACAGGAUCCAGGUGCAGCAGAAGGAGGCGCAGGAGAUGGUGCGCACGGCCAACAUCAAGCUGGUGAUGGCGGAGGAGCAGAGGAGGUCCGCCAUGGAGAAGCUGAAGGAGGCCGAGGAGGAGCGGGCCAUGGCCGAGGACGAGAAGAAGAAGGUGCAGUCCACCGCGGACGCGUGGUGGGAGAACCUGCAGCUGGUGGGCAAGGAGAAGCAGAAGCUGGAGUCCGACAAGCGCACGCUCGAGGAGGCCAUGUCCGGGGUGGAGCGGGACAAGGACAGGCUGGAGAACGAGAAGCUCGAGUGGACGAAGGUCCAGAGCAUACUGGAGCUGGAAAAGAGCAACCUCCAGAGGGACAUCGAGAGGGCCCGCGAGGACGCCCGGAACCUCCAGAUGUCGGCGGAGAAGUGGCAGAAGACCCUGACGACGGCCAAGAGGGCUGCGGAGGAGAAGGAGGCCCACCUCCGGGAGAUCCAGAGGGUGAUCCAGGCCCACCAGGUCACGUCGGGCGGCUCCGAGAGCUCCCUGUCGUCGGCGCCGGCACCGGCGCGGCCGGCGCUGCUGCGGCUGACCGCCAGGGAGGGGGCGGCGCAGCAGGCACCCGCGCCGCCCCUCGGCUCGCAGGGCGAUCCGGGCGAGGCCUUCGCGCAGCUCCUGACGAUCCUGGGCCGGGCCUUCAACAACCCGCAGGGCAUGGAGCGGCAGACGUCUGGCCCAGGCGGGAGCACCCGCAGCUUGCCGCAGAGCCAGUGA